GUAGAUAAUAAUAAUUUUUCUGUACCUUUCAAAACAUUUCACUCAUCCGACUAUUUAUCAUGAAUAUUUAUUACAAUUAGUGGAAUAAUUCUUCGUUUCUUUAAUUUUUUCAUAACUCUUACAUGAAGACAAAAAAAGUAGCAACGUAUCCAUCAAAUGUAGACUAGAUUUACUGCACUCAACUGGAUAAAAAUUUAUAGCUAAAAUAAUAAUAAUAAUAUUUUAUCCCAUCUAAAGACAAAUUACACACAUACUGUAUUUCACCUAGAAAAUUGUAUGUCGGUAUUAUCUUCUGGUUUCUACCGAAGUCCACUUAAAUUCUUCACAGAGACACGUUUACUGCUGAAAAAAAACAACCCAGAAAAUUGUUUAUUGCAUCAGUAACAAACAGUAAUCCUUAAUGAAUUUAUGUAAAUAAUUUUUUUUAAAAGAAAAUGAUUGGAAUUAUACAAGAUAGUAGCAAAAAUAUGAAGAAUAAAGAUUAUGCAUUCGUGUCAACUGACAACUGCCACCUCACAAAUUAGUCGUCCUUCCAAGCAAACGAGUAUGCCGCACUCAGAAUUCUGUGUUAAAGGAUUGUGAGUCCGCUGGCGGACGUUUACUUUCAUGGCACUAUUUCACAACUAUAAGUCUAAUCAUCAUAACAUGGAUGAGUAGUGUUAAAGCCAGACCGAAUUAUAAAUCCUUUUUACAUACAACAGAUUUAAAUAUUCAUACAGACCGUAUUGACACUGGUCAAAAUGACUGGCAGUCGAAAAAUCUUAUUGUCGAACCCUGGGAACCUCUUACAAAACCAAUGGAAAAUGAACGAGAUAAAAUGGCCAUGGCAAGAGACGAAUGGAGUCAAGAGAAGAUGAUGCUGAACGAUUUGAGACUACAGCAUCAGUCACACAAAUUAUAUUUCUUGAAUAGUGCUGGUGCACGAUGCAAUGACGGUUCACCAGCUGGUUAUUAUUAUCGUCCAGCGAAACAUACCACAGUGAAAAACUGGAUUGUAUUUCUUGAAGGCGGCUGGUAUUGUUUCGAUGCAGAAACCUGUUUUCUAAGAGAAUCCAAUGCCUUUUCAUUGUUCUCUUCAAAAUUUUGGCCUAAAACACGAUCACUUGGUGGAAUUCUCUCAUCUGAUUCAAAUGCAAAUCCGUAUUAUCAUGAGUACCACAGUGUUUUUAUUCCAUACUGUUCAAGUGAUUUGUGGACUGGUAAAAUGGCAAAUCAGAGUGGAGAUUUUUACUUUCAUGGUUCACGUAUACUGGCAGCAGUUAUCGAUGAUCUACCUUGGCAUAAUGCAGCAUAUACAGAAAAGGUUGUAUUUUCAGGCUCCAGUGCUGGUGGGAUAGGCGUUCUAAUGAAUGUAGAUAGAUUAGCUCGAAAAUUAUUCACUCGUAUCGGACAUCCUGUUCUAGUAAGCGGAAUAAUAGAUUCCUCUUGGUUUAUUCACAUACCAGCCUAUCAAGAAAGUAAAUGUAUAAACGCAUUCGAAUGUCCACCCGAGGAAGGCAUUAAUCGAGGAAUGAAAUUUUGGAAUGCCAGAAUACCGAAACCUUGUCGUAAGGCACAUCCAAAAGGACAAAAGUGGAAGUGUUACCUGGCUCCAUUCAUGUAUCCACAUUUGAGAACUCCGGUGUAUAUUGUGCAAAGUUUAUUCGAUGAAGCUCAAAUGCAAAUGUCUAAAGUCCCAUUACUCACUGGUGGAACCUAUUCAAAAUGGGCUUAUAUACAAAAUUUAGGCAAAGAAGUAGCACGCAGUCUUCAGUCAGCAGGGGGUGUAUUUGCUCCUUCAUGUCUGGACCACGAAAUCCUAACUAAAAAUAACUGGGUCCACAAAAUGAUCGGGACAAUCAGCCUGGUGAAUGCAAUCAAAGCAUGGGAUGACGAGUUGGAGAAACACUGGGUAAGGCAGAAAUUGUUAUACUUUUCAAUACGCUAUCCUAAUGCUCUAAUUAAAACGCAACAGUUGAGCGCAAAUCAUCAGUCUACCGAUACGAGUAAUCCCCUAGGAUCGGAGUCACAGGAAAGUGUUACAAAGGCAGCAACAGCUACAGAAACAACGACUACAAGUAAUUCAACUCUUGUAUUUUUAUCUCGACUCGUCAAUUUACUAAACCAACAUCCUAGACGUCUUAAACGAAGUUCAACGAUCAGUUCCUUGGACGAUAUCAAACCAUCGAAUUUUAACUCAUUUAUCAUUGAAAAAUCAUACCCAUACGCACUAACAAUGACUAGACUAAGUCAGUCUAAGUUAACUCAAACAAUGAAAAAACGCAAAAUACCACGGAAUCAUAUAAACUCAUUAUUUCGAAAAUAUUCUGCUUCGUCGACGUACCACGUAAUCGAUUCCUGUGGAUUAUUUUCAGUAGAUGGAAUUCAAGGUGCAUAUUUAUGUAGAAAUACACCUUUGGAGGUGUUGAAUAAAAGCAAAAAUGAUAACUUCAAUACUAACAGUAGCACACAGUUGAAUUAUAUUGCUAAUAAUCCAAUAAAAUAUACUCCAGCCAUUGAUCAUUUAAUCCCACAAUGUAAUCCAACCUGCGGCUAUUUAUCAAAUCCGCAACGCAUGAAGUUGGUAGAUGUUUUGGCUCUAUACGAGGUCAAUACAGACUUGCUAGCCAGCCUUCUUGGUUUGCCCACAUCAAAGCUAAGAAGUUAUGACUCAGAACAACAGAUGCGUGCUUUAUUUUGUGGGAACAAUCGGGUUAAACGUAACCUUAGUCGUCUUAUACUACCACAACUGUCUGUAUAGCACUAAUAAUAUUAUUAAUAAUAAUUAAAUAUAACUUACAAAUUUUCCCAUGUAUCAAGAACUACAAGUAGUGACACAACAUAAAACAUAUGUACACUAAUUAGUAAAGGCAAAUUUGAACUGCCUUUAUAAACUAAUGUACAAAUCAUAUCAUGUUCAAGUGUUUAAUAGUCAUGUAAACGUGAAUAUGAUUAUAUGUCCAGUUUCCAUUAAACAUUUGAUACAAAUAAGAAAAAAAACAGAAUUAAAACUAAGCAUUUUCUAUUUUAACCUAAACUUCUACCUCUUCACCAUUUUUCAUAUAUCAUCAUAUAUAUUUACACAUAUAAGCACAUUCAGAUGUGUACAUGAUUUCCGCUUUAUUUACCAGUCUGCUGAAGUAUUCAGUGAGGAUUUAUUUUAUUAAAUUUUCAGUUUUCAUUUUCAACAGUCUACCUCUUGUGUCCUUCUAUGUCUAUACGUUUGCGCAGACAUGUGCAUUUCAUUGAGAAUUCUUUCUCUUCAUAUCAGCAAUUGUCAAGCUGCAACUUAUCGAUUUUUUCAUAACUUCCUCUUUUUUUCUUCACUAUUUGUAUUUCACUUCUCUUUGUUAAUAGUAACAUCAUCAAAAAUGAUAAUCGUUGUUAAAAGAACUUGGUUUCAUGAAAGUUUUGUGGAUGGACUAUUUUUUUUUCCAUGGUGAUUUGCUAACCAUUAUGUUAUAAAUGUACAGUUCCGCGUAAAUAGUUUGAAAACAACAGUCGGAAUCAAUAAGUCAACUAAUUUAGGUUGAUCUUAAACACAAACAAUGCUGUGUUUUCUUUUCGAGUUUUCCUACUGCAAUCUAUACUCUCCUUU